AUGACACAGGUAGGAGGAUGGGACUACCAGGCAGCCAGCUUCGAAGCUUGGAACCUGGUCCUCCUCUUUUUUCUUCUUCCCAUUCUUCUUGUCCUUCGGAGACUUCACGACCUCUUUCGUGUAUCCUGUUACAGGCGACAAAUGCUUUUUUAAUGAGUUCCCUCUCCCCCGUGAUGGGAUUUUGUUCUGUGAUGAAUUAUGCAGGUCGCACGUGACACGAUCGAGAAACAGCCCGGCAACGGUUCCUGUAAAUUGUUUAGGAAUCUCUUUGGCGUUUGUGCGCAUCGGUCUUAAUACCUUGGUGUCGCGUCUCUGUUAAUUUACAGUCGACCGACCCUUGCGAGAAGGCCAGGGCACUGGCAGUAUCGAGGUCUGCGCUCUACUGCCGCAAUCUUGUGCAGGAGGGCACCUUUGGUCGCGUCUACAAAGGCACUUUGGAAUUGGCUGGUCGCGAGCAAGAAGUUAUCAUAAAGACAGUCACAGAAGUGGCAUCAGCUUAUCAAGCCUCUUUGCUGGUGGUCGAGGGCUCACAGCUAGCUGGAUUAGUGCAUGCAAACAUAGCUUCUCUCGCCGCUGCUUGCCUCGAUAGUUCUUGUCCAUUAUUGGCAUACACGAGUACGCCGGGCGAAUUGAAUUUGAAGCUGUACCUUACCGACGGGAAUCAUCAUCCUGGAACCAGGGAUUUGGUGCACGUUGGCGCACAGGUUGCCAGAGCAGGGGCAUUCUUGCACGGUCGAGGGCUGCUGCACAGGGAUAUCGCUGCCAGAAACUGUUUGAUCGAGCCAAGCAGUCUUCGCGUGCGAUUGGCUGAUACGGCUUUGGCGCGAGAUCUCUUCCCCCAGGAUUAUCAUUGUCUCGGUGAUAACGAGAACAGACCUAUUCGUUGGAUGGCCUUGGAGACCCUCCAGCACAAUCAGUACAGCACGGCGACGGACGUGGUGGACCCAUUCGAAAUGAUGGCCUGUCUUCGAGAUGGUUAUCGACUGGCCCAACCAAGACCAUGUCCGGACGAAUUCUUUGCCGUGAUGGCCGUCUGUUGGUUAGGCCUUUCCAGAGACCGGCCAACCAUGCCUCAACUUCUCGCUUAUCUGCAAGACUUCCACGAUGCCCUGGGUGGCUUCGUUUAA